AUGUUGAGAUCGGGCGCGGGGCACCCGGAUGCUGGCCAUUCCGCAGCAUCUACGUCGCGGCAGCGCUCUCCUGAGGAGGAGGCGCAGCAUAUGUACGCGACGCUAAACGAGUAUCUACUGCUCGAACAAAAGUCUCAACCCAAACUUUGCUUGCCGGCUGAAUCUGAGAAUGGCGAAGUUACAACGGGUGCGCGAGACGGCGCGGCCCACGUACUGAGAUGUCUCAAAAUAUGGUACGAUCUGCCUGCAGACGUGCUCAUCAGUGCCAUCAACUUGUUUGACAGGUUCUUGACAAAGAUGAAGGUACGUCCGUGCCACGUGCCGUGCAUCACGGUCUCGUGCAUGAACAUCGCGCUCGAACAGUACGCCGCCGACACUGACACCAAACGCAGCAUCUCUGUCGAGGAACUAGUAUCAAUAUCGCAAUCAGCUUGCACGGCAGGUGACGUGCUUCGUAUGUCGCGCGUCAUCGUGGACAAGUUGAGCUUGGUGGCAGGCUGCCGGGUGGUGACGGCGCUGGACUGGCUGAGGUUACUUCGAUCUAUGUUGCUGCUGCAGGCCGACCACUGCGGGGUCAGCUUGCCUGCUGGGUGCCAGGAGGAGGAGUUAGUUCAGAUGCUGGAAAUCGUGUCUUGCGACGCGGCCUGCGUCAACACUCGUACCAGUGAACUAGCGCUAGUGUUGCUGUACUACAAACUAGAGCAACAGUUGGCGGAGUGGUCGUCGAACGAAGAGAACUUGAUCCCGGAGGAGCACGCGUACUAUCUCUUCGACUUCGCCAGACAAGUACAGCUGCAUUGUCAAAUGAACGAGGCGUCCCUGUGCGCGGCGCGCGCCCGCGUCCGCCACGUGGUGUCGCGCUACGAGCGCUGCGAGGCGCGCCGCGACCGACAGCGACUCGUGUGGAGACUGUCCGAGAGGACGCUCAAGGUACUUCGUCCGACGGAUCGUUUGACGUCCCUCUUGCCGACCAUAGAAGAGCAACACUUCGCAGUCGACGCCACGCCCACCAGGACCAGAUCGGGCAGUGUCAGCAGCGAAAACGAAGAAGAGACCUCAGAUUGGCCUCGCAGUCCGGUACUACCAGUGUACUGCGACAACUAA